AUGGAGGAGGCGAUGAGCAACCAGACUUCUUCACAGCGUAUGGAGGCCGCGGAAUCUCUCCUCCAUCGGCAUGCAGAAUCUAUAGAGACCCUCAACCAACAGAUUCACCUACUUUCUGAUUCGAUUUUCUCGGCUAACCCUAUGCACAAGACGCCUAGUGCACACCUCUCGCUAUGUCCAUCUCCGGGCCUAGGAAGCAUCUCCAGUGGGGAGAGGAAUGGCACGCAGGUUAAAUCAACCAGCCAACACAGCAAUGAUGCUUUUCCUCCCAUUACCAUCCCCAUCGGCCAUCAGACAAGUACUAGUGAUCUCCUCAGGUCGCCACUAGUUGGCCGCUUGGCGGGCUGGUACCCGGAUGGGUUUUUUCUUAAGAUUGAGGAACAGCGGCAUCGAUCGUCUUUUGCUAUUACCAUACCGCUUUCCAUGAAUGAACCACUGCAGUCGGACUUCCAUGUUGAUAGAUCUACAGCAGAUGGCUAUCUUGAAAGCUUUUUCGACUCCGUGCAUCCGUUCCAUCCGUUCCUCGAUAAAGACGAGCUGCUAAGUCAGUACGAAGACACUAUGGCACGAGGGUUUCGCUCUGAUGCCCAGUCUACUCUGAUCAUAUCUCUUCUGGCUUUAGGGGCCACGGCGUCUGAUCCUAUAGAUUUGGGUACGACAUCCUAA